AAAAAACUAUAGCUCAAACAGUCUAUACGAUACAUCUACAGCUCCAGAAAUGGUGAUUGUCUCAGUAAAAGUAACUGUUUUAUUAAACUUUACUUCGACAACGUUAAAAACGAAACAUGAACGUUUAUGUGAAAAAGUGAUGCUAUCUGGAAAGGUGAACGAAUGGUAUGCACGAUUUACUUAAAUUUUUCUCUAAUCGUAAAAAUGAUUUCGAACCGUUACCCAUAGCGUUGAUGCGGUCUGUCAAAAAUGACCGAAAUGCGGAUCAGAGAUGCCACAUGAUUUUGCAAAAAAUCAGUUGAAGUUUAUGAAAUCUUUAAGUUUUCCUCGUGGUUUGUGAGUCUCCUUACAUAAUUCGAAAAUGUUUAAUGCCGGAUUUGAUUGAGGUCGGGCAUCUGUAUCUGAAAUUUAAGUCUAUAUUAUUGACAUGGCAGAUUUCACUCCAAAAAAUAUUAUGAUCAAAUCAUCUUUUCUCAUUCAUUUUAAAUGCCACUCAAUACUCGCUUUUACUUUACUCUACUUUAACUAAUGUAUCAUUCAUUAACGAUAUAAAUGAUGAUUCAAACAAUCUUAAUGACAAAAUAUUUAAUAUUGUGUUUUUGAAAAAUCUCUUCACUUGGCACCACUGAUUGUUUUCUGCCCUUCGCCACGCCAGUCAUGUUUUCUGUUGUCGCAGUCCGUCGCGGUAUUUUUUUCUUUUCGACGGAAAACAAUUGAUAAAAGUUUCUAAGCAUAAUUUCAUCAAUUUCGGAGAAUUCGGAACGCCGGUGUCAAUCUUCCGAUAAAUUACGUCAAGGAUGAUAAAAUCAAACAGCAGGAAGGCGAUUAUGGCGACGCGAUGCUGUGAAAGUUUCAACACAGCGGCAAGGAGCAUCGGGCUGUUUGUUUUUGUAACAGGCUAAGACAGCUAGCUGCUACACAAUUUCGGCGCAGGCAAAAUAAUUGUGGAAGAAAUCAGAACUGGACGAACUACGCCUAAUGGAGGAAUACAUAUUAGUAUUUCUAAUGUAUAAUUAAGGUAUAUGCAAUAAGAUAAUGUUAGUAUAUAUGUAAAUAAAAUGAUUACCCAAAAACUUUUAGUUUUUUUAAUCCGAAAACUCCAAAAUUUGUUCAUAUGUGUGCGUGUUAUUCACGUACGUUUCCGAAAAACGUACGCAUUACGUUGGAAGAUCAUUUUGACAAAUCGUGUUACGACUUUUACUGUAAAAAUCUUUUUACAAAACAACUUCAAGAAUUACAUUAACAUGUACAGUUUGAAUAUCAAAUUAUGGUUUCCAUGAUCGAUUAUUGGACGAUAUCUAAACUGUUUGAAGAACGGUUCUUCCAUAUAAGUGCCUUAACAGUUUUUAACAGUUACAUAACCUAACGACAUAUUCAAAAUAACAUCAAAUCAAAAUUCACGAUUAAAGCAAUGUAUUUUACAUUGUCAAUAACCGUUUGCUAAACGUUUUUUUACGAUUCAUCAAAUCGUCGUUUGACUUCUUCAGGAAACGUUUGGUUAUGAUCAUUAUUUAUGCGGGAGCUUCUGUUUCCAGUCAGCUGCCAAAUCUCACCUCAUCAAACUCGAGCGUAUCCAAUACCGUUGUCUCCGCAUCGCAAUGGGCUCUAUGCCCUCAACGCACAACAUGAGUCUUGAAGUUUUGGCAGGAAUACUCCCUUUGAAAGAUCGAUACAAUCUACUAUUACUUCGGUUCCUCAUCAGGUGUGAGGUCAUGAACCCAUUGGUGAUCGUUAAUUUUGAAAGGUUACUUGAGCAAAAUUUUCGAACAAGAUUUAUGUCUGUAUACUAUGUCCUCAUGUCAAUGCAGGUAAACCCUUCUUCGUACUCUCCAACUCGUGUUUUCAGCCCACACUACGAUAAUUCUUCUGUCCAGUUUGAUUUGUCUAUGCAGCAGGAAAUUCGUGGAAUCCCGGAUUCGCAUCGCCCACUUCUGAUUCCAAGAAUUUUCGAAGCUAAAUAUAGACACGUCGAUGCUGACAAAAUGUACUUUACCGAUGGGUCUCUAAUUGAGGAAUCAACGGGAUUCGGAGUGUUCAACGAAACAACUAGCGCCUCUUAUAACCUCCAGUCUCCAUGCUCUGUGUAUAUAGCAGAGUUAGCUGCUAUUCACUGGGCCUUGGACAGCAUCGCCUCACGGCCUGUUGGGCACUACUACAUUGUAACGGAUAGUCUAAGCUCAGUUGACGCAAUACGAUCAAUACGACCGGGAAAGCACUCGCCGUUCUUCCUAGAGAAGAUACGGGAUACUUUGAGUGCUUUAACAAGACGUCGCUUUCCCAUUACCUUUGUUUGGGUUCCCUCUCAUUGCUCGAUAGUGGGCAAUGAGAAGGCAGACUCUCUGGCAAAGGUGGGGGCGACGGAAGGCGACACGUAUCCACGUGAAAUCGUCUUCAACGAAUUCUACUUCUUGGUACGAGGGAACUCUCUUGUCAACUGGCAGCGCAAAUGGGACGAGGAUGAGGAUGGUCGGUGGCUCCACUCGAUUAUCCCAAAGGUAAGCCUUAAACCAUGGUUCAAUAGAUUGAACUUGAGUCGGGAUUUUAUUCGUAUAUUUUCCCGUCUCAUGUCCAAUCAUUGUUCCUUAGACGCGGUACUCUAUCGUUUUGACAUUGCUGGCAGCAAUUUGUGUAGUUGCGGCCAAGGUUACCAUGACAUCGAGCAUAUUGUUUGGUCGUGUGAGGUCCAUCUUGUCGCCAGAACGAAUUUAAUAGACUCCCUUAGGGCCCGAGGAAAACCACCUAAUGUUCCAGUUAGAGAUGUACUAGCUGUGCUAGAUUUGGACUACAUGUUCGAAAUCUACCUUUUUCUAAAAGCUAUCGAUCUUCGUCUAUAAUUUCUUUUUUAUUUUCAUAUUUCCCUUUCUAUCUUCCUUUCUCCUCUCACAAAGUGUUAAGUUAAGAAAACAAUUGUAAACAACAAAAUCGAUUUUGGCUCCUUAAAGCCUAAAG